AUGACCUCCACCUGCAUGGAUAGUGAUUUCCAACUCUUCUCUCCCGGCCGCCAAUCGGAAGGGGACGACUCUCGAGGGAUGUAUUCCCAACCACCCACAGAUAAUGCCACCCAAGAUUGGACGCAGUGGAUGAGAUGGGAUGAACCUAUGUUCACCGAGGGGGACCAAAAGCAGCAACUGGACCAGUCUCUUCCCUAUGUCUCUCCAAACACAACCCUGAGCUCGCCCAGCCAGAUCCACCAAGACUUUUCGCCGCAGCUGCCACUCGGGCUGAUGGAGAUUCCAUUCGAUCAUGCCGGAAGAACGGGUCACAAUCCCAACCUGAGGGGAUCCCAAGACUCACAGUUUCAAGGUCUUGUCUCUCCUAUCUCCAGCAUUGGCACGUCUCGAAAGCGAAAGACGGGCAGCGACGAUGAUGCUACCACUGUCACUGGUCCUGUCCAGCCUGGCAAGAAAUUGCCCGCUAAGAAGCGUGCGCACAACGUGAUCGAAAAGCGAUACAGAGCGAAUUUAAACGAGAAGAUUGCCGAGCUACGUGACAGUGUACCGAGCUUACGAACUACUAAGAACGCCAACGGUGACUCGAAUGAGGACGAGGGCGAGGACACCACGUCUGCCAGCAAGCUUAACAAGGCAUCCAUUCUGUCCAAGGCCACCGAGUAUAUCAAGCACCUGGAGAUUCGCAACAAGCGCCUGGAAGAUGAAAAUACCGCUCUGAAGAACCGUCUUCGCCAAGUUGAUAAGGCGGCAGACCAAGCUGUCACAUCCACUGCUUCCGUGUCAUCUCCGAGCAAUUACACUGCUUCCAGUGCCUCAGAUCCCACAUCUCCGAGUGUGUUCUCCAACCCUGAAGAGAUAAGCGAAACCUCGCCAACCUCUUCGAGUCCCCCAGAAGGCCUUAUCAAGGUCCCUGAUGCAUGGAAGCGCAUGCGUGCGGAGUCUGCACAAACGGGGGUUUUCGCCGAGUCAUAUAUCAAGUCCAGUUCUCGUCCUGGUCACUAUGGACAAGAAGAUGGCUCUCGCCGACGUUCCAAGCUGCCUAACAAGUACAUGCUGGGCGCCCUUGCCGGACUCAUGGUCUUAGAGGGCAUGGGCUCCGACAAGUCCGAAACCGAGGAGAAGGGUCUCAUGGCUAUCCCUUUGAAUCUUCUCGGCCGACUCCAGUUACCUACUCUCGUCCACGCUGAGUAUUACUUGAAGAAUUUCUGGUUUUCGUGGCACGCGCGAGCGAUUUCACACUUCCUUCUGCUCGCCACUCUGGUGGUAGGCAGUGCAUUCAUUGUUUUUGUCUACCUGUUCAACGCCCAGCCUGUGACUCAGCGCGCACCCGCGAAGGUCGUUUCAGAGAGCCAGACCAUGGCUCCAACUUCCAGCGACUUCCGACGACAGGCAUGGCUCACCAGCAUGCAACGGGCUGGUGUUCCGCGCCACAGAUUCUUCCGAGAGUGGUACGUGGUCACCUCACGAUGUUUCGAGUAUGUUCUCCGAUGCUUGAUGGGAUGGAAGCUCUAUUCCUGGGCUACUGGUAUCACCGAAGAAGAUGAGCGAGGCCGGGUGAAGACAUGGGACAUUGCCAUUGAUGCGCAACUCACUGGUGGUGAUGCUGAGAUCAGUAAAAGCCGUCUUGUGCUCACAAUUUUCGCCGCUGGCACCCUUCCGGCAAGUCCCAUGAGAAUGAUGCUCAAAGCUUUGCACGUUCGCAUCCUUCUGUGGCGAGUCGGCGAGCCUGGCUCCUGGACUUUUCACGUCUCCAAUGAUAUCGCUCGCGCUCUGGCCAACUACCAGUGGGGUGUUGCGCGAGAGAUCAAUAACGCCAUCCCCGAGGGUCAUCCCGAUCAGCUUCCAAGCCACCUUGCGGCACUCGUCAAUCUCGAAUGCGAGGAGGUUAUGGCAGACUCUAUCAUCCAACGUGCCGUGAACCUGACCUGGAAUAGACCCACCCAGGAAGGUACUGGUGAUGACGAAGUUCUUCUCGAUGUUGUCGAAGAGGACCCUGCUAUUCAGUGCUCAGUCGAUGCUCUCGCCGCUUGGUGGUCUAGUCAUCUCCUCCAGAGCGCGCUCCUGAAGUAUCUUGAGGCUAGCGAAGGGGGACCCGUAUCCAAAGCCAGUCGGGACGAUUUCAAGGAGAAGAUCCGCAUGGCGCUUGAUACCGCUCCACGUCUCUCGGCUGCCUACACCCGUGCUUUGGUGAUGAAAGCAGUCUUUUUUGAGCAGGGACGGAUCCAGAACGUGGGUGCUGUUCUUGCUGCUCUGCCGAAGGACAAGAGAAAGGGCGAACAAAGCCAGGCUGCUAAUUUCCUGGAUUCGUCGCUUCCCGUGUCAGUCCGCGAGGAAAUUUCUAUCGCGGUGCGCUGUGCUAUGAUCGCUGCCGUGGUCACCUCGCACUCUGCCGGCGAGACCUCCUUGCCCGCGUCUUUCACGAUUCACAAGGCCAUCAAUUGGUUCAACCAGCUUCCGAUCGACCCGGUCGAGCUCAGCCUUGUUGGUUUCUCUGCGGUCUACCAUCUGCUGAACCUGCUCGCUUCGGAUGUCGAUUACAUUCUCUCUCGUCCGACUCCUCCGCUCCGUCAACUCCGGUGUCUGAGGCCGCGUUUUCCGCGGACGACGAGGCUGAGGAUAAGCCCCGGGCGGGCCGCUUGCACCACAGUCUGUGAGAAUGCCGGCGUCAACGUGGAUGAAUACCUUCAGAAGACUCCCGAGCCCUUGCCAUCAAGAAAGCGACGAAGCCGACGUCGCCGGGGUGCAUCAGACCAAUCUCUCCAGAGCGAUGCCGAUCAAGAUCUGGUCGACUCGCAGAUCGCAAAGCCUCUUCGCCGAGAGCGAUCUGCAAGUAAUGACACCGGUUACGGCAGUCUCAGCCUUGAGGAAGACAUGCAGCCCGCUCCUCAGAUCCCUGAGAUGGUGCAGGAAGUCUCGGCUUAG